AUGGGUGGAGUGAUCACUCUUUUCAUUCUUCUUCUAACGAUUCUUUUUCAUGUCUCCUUAUUGCUAAACUCAGUCAUUGGUGUUAAUCCAAGUGGGUUUAGCAUGAAGAUCUUUCAUAGAGACUCCAGAGAAUUACCUCUAUAUCCGGGAGAUCAUUUAACACAAGAUGAAAGAUUUCAAAGACUCGCCCAACAAUCCAAAGAUAGAGCACGUUACAUUAGGCGGAAAAUGUCAAGUUUAAAAAACUCGAUAAACCCCGAUGUUGCACGUUUAACUAUGACUUACGAAGAUGUCGGAGGAUCUUAUGUUGCAUCCGUAGGAAUAGGUACUUUCGAUGGUUCACCAGCUUUCAUGCGAUACUAUUUAACAGUUGAUACUGGUAGCGAUCUUACAUGGACUCAAUGUCAAGGUGCUAGUUCUUACUUUCGUCAAGAAGAACCCCUUUAUCCUGCAACAAGUUCAAGAACAUGUACUUACGAAGUAAGCUACGAAGACGAUGCAGUUACAUCAGGUAUUUUGGCAAAUGAAAAAUUCAGUGUAAAUUCAGAUAGCCAUGCCCUUCAAUCGUUUACUAUUGUCAUGGGUUGCGGCCUUAAUCAAGUGAACUUCGUUUCUGAUAGUCGUCCUGAAGUUGGUGCUGGAAUACGCGGUCUAAGUGGAGGAUCUAAUAAGUCUUUUCUAAAACAAUUAAAUUUAGGUCAAUUUGAAUACUGCCUGAGGCCAUAUAAUGAUGGUAUGGACGGAACCCCUACAUACUUACGCUUCGGUUCAGACACGAGACUUAGUGGUGGAGUUCGACAAGCAUACAAAACUGGCUUAUAUGACUAUGGCACAGGUCAUUAUUAUUUGGUUUUAGAGGAUAUUAGUGUAAAUGGGAGUAGCGUCGGAUUUCAAAGAUGGGAUUUCGAGUAUGAAGAGGAAACCCGAAGUGGCGGUUGUUUAAUAGAUUCAGGGACUACGAUGACCUUUAUGCGCGGAAGUCACUUUGAUAGGGUUGUGGAGAAAGUGAGGGAGCAUUUUCGGAAGUUCGAGCUUGAUCCUGUUAUACCAUCUCCAUUGGAUGAUAUGGAACUUUGUUUCCAAAGACGUUACAAGCGUUUCGAAUUUCCAACAAUAACAUACCACUUUCAUGAUGCGGAUUUUGAACUCAAAAAAGACGAACCGGAUACUGCUUUUUGGAUCACCGAGGAUCAUGUUUGCUUGGUCUUUUUCGAGCACCGGACAAUAUACCUUAUGAUGUCAUGUUUGGAGCAAUGCAACAAGCUCGCAAAAGGAUCUUACAUGAUGUUACGGGAGGGUCACUCUAUUUUGCUGAAGAGGAUUGUGGAAAGGACCACCCGAAAUCCAUAUAAGCUGGGUUUAUCAUCACAAACUACUGAAAUUAGUGUUCCCUGUUGUUACCAUCAUUCAUUUGGAACUUAA